CAUAUUAAUGAUGGCAAUGAUAAUCAAGAUACUGAUGUUAGUGGAAGUGGAGGUGAUGGAGAAAGCGAAAAAAUAAAAGAAGACGUCACAUAUUCUUUGAUUGGAUUAGAAACAGAUAAUCCACGGAUGCGUAUCGGUAAUAUGUAUUUUAAGGGAGAGUACGAUGAAUCGAUUGGAACCGAUCUCGUGUUUUGUCAAGAGCCUGAAAAUGUAUGUGAUUUUACCGAAGUGGUUAACGUUGCUAGACAAUACAUUACAAAUACGCGCCUUAAAGUUUCACCUGAGGAUGAAGCACCAUUUAUCGUAGAUCAUAAAGAGACAGAAAAAGACAAAGCAUUUGUUCUAUGUCCAUACUUUCCUAGCCGUAAAAAUCCCAAGGAAACGUGCCAUUCAGGUGAUCAUCCUGAAAUUAUUUGUAAAGCAAAUGUGGACUUACUGAGUAAACGUCGGAGUUUAGACUUCUAUUCCAUAGCAAUUAAUUAUGGGGCAUGGGAAACUGGACAGUCACAAAAUAAAUAUGUACAGGAAUGUCAUGCUCAUGUUCAUUUGUAUUUUACUACAAAUGCUUGGAAUGAGGUGAAGAAAAAAAUAAGUGAUUUGGAUAUUUUACUGAAGUUUGAUGUUAGGGACUUCUCCGGGCCGAACUAUUUGCUUCAAGAUUGUGCUGAGUUGGAAGAUAAAAGGCUACGACCUGCAGAACAUCUUUUAAUGCUGAAUGCGGUUUCUAAUUUAUCACUAGCUGUUGAAAAAAUUGAAGGGAACCUCAUUUAG